GAAUCUCCGCCCUCAUUAGUUAAUCAUUACAGUAGAGAAUGAAAAUAUAAAUUCUCAGAAGUUAGAAUUUCUUCUCUCACUUGUCCUGUCACGAUGUCCUUCUCUGGAAAAUUUCAACUGGAAAACCAGGAGGGCUUUGUGCCUUUCAUGAAAGCCAUUGGUCUUCCUGAUGACCUCAUCGAGAAAGGCAAAGACAUCAAGAGUGUCUCUGAGAUUGAACAGAAUGGAGACAGCUUCAAAGUGACAAUUACCACAGGGAGUAAAGUUAUGGUUCAUUCCUUCACUAUAGGACAAGAGUGUGAAGUGGAGACAAUGACUGGAGAAAAAGUCAAGGCCACAGUGAUGAAAGAAGGCAACAAACUGAAAACAAAUCUGAAGGGUAUUGAAUCAGUGACAGAGCUUGUGGAUGACAACACAAUUGUGCAUACCAUGACUCUCGGCAGCAUUGUCUUCAAGAGAACCAGCAAACGUGUGUCAUGAUAAACUCUGUUCUUUUGAAACAUAAUUAAGAGUAUCAUUUUCCCAGUUUCUUUCACUUAAUAAUUGUAAUGUAUGACACUAAAUUAACCACUGGAGCAUUUAACUGAAUUUGGUUUCUUUAAAGAAAAAAACAGUUUAAAAAUAAAACUUUUAACUGAU